GCCCGGGCUCGGACGGUGUGGGUGGCCCGAGGGCGCGGCCGCGGCCACCUCUGGGCCUUGCACCGCCCCUCGGGCGCCAUCCCGUGACUCCGGCCGCCCUGGACGGAAGGCGGCGCCGGGGUCUUCACCCGGCGCGCAGGGAACCCCGAGGGAGCGCAGGGGCUGGGCGCGGGGCCUGGAGCCCUGGCCGGGGGACUGACCUUGGACGGCCGGUCCCCGCUGGGCGCGAGGGCUCAGCGGGCAGUGUGGGGCAGGGUCCGACUCACUGCCUGCCCUUGUCUUGCAGAUGAGGACACGGAGGCUUCGCGAGGGAGCGUGAUCGCCCAGCCCAGGAUCGGAUUGGACCAGACCCGGGCGCCCCGCGGGCAGGUGGAGCUCCGUGGCGGGCCCAUGUCGUGACCCCGAGGCGUCCGGCCUGCAGUCGGUCAGCAUGCCGUGGGACCCGCGGCCGGGGAGCGGCGCUGACGGUGGGCCCGAGGGCGCGGGCGCAGCGCGCUCGCGGGCGCAGAAGCAGUGCCGGAAGUCGUCGUUCGCCUUCUACCAGGCGGUGCGCGACCUGCUGCCCGUGUGGCUGCUCGAGGACAUGCGCGCCAGCGAGGCCUUCCACUGGGAUGAGCGCGGGCGCGCGGCCGCCUUCUCGCCCUCGGAGGCGCUGCUUUACGCGCUCGUGCACGACCACCAGGCCUACGCGCACCACCUGCUGGCCACCUUCCCGCGCCGCGCGCUCGCGGGCAAGGGCUAGGCCCCGGCGCGGCCGGCCGGACUGGUUUCCAGAGCGCUGUACCUGGCACUUUACAUAUAUCAGUCUUUGCAGAGGCA